CUACAAGAAAAAGAAAAAAGAAAAAGAAAAAAGAAAAAGAAAAAAAGGGAGUAAAAAUGAAAGCAUGUUUGAAAGGCCGUUGAAUACCGCAUGCACUUCCUCUGGCUCCGUACGACGAAGCGUUUUGAACCACCGUUUACCGUCGAGAAAUAGGGGAGGAGACGAUUGAGGGGCCGAUCGGAGAGUGUUCGUUGGAAGCGACUCGUCGUUUGAGUUCCGAUCGGGCCGAAGAUGAGUGGAUGGAAUCGGUCCUCCAGAGGAGCGAGGCUGGGCGGUGGUCGCAAUUCGAGUUUGCCGCCCGGGCGCACGUCGACCGUUCGACUCGGAAGAGUCCAGCCACAGGCGCCGGGUCACCGCACGAUUUUCUGCAACGAUCGCGAGGCUAACAUUCCCGUCAGAUUCCCGGGGAAUUCCAUAUCGACUACAAAGUACAACUUCAUUACAUUUUUGCCGAAAGGACUCUUUGAACAGUUCAGGAGGGUAGCUAACCUCUACUUUCUGACGAUCUCAAUUCUAUCAACAACGCCAAUCAGUCCUGUGCAUCCUGUAACCAAUGUGGUCCCUCUGAGUUUGGUGCUUUUUGUUUCUCUUGUUAAGGAAGCAUUUGAGGAUUGGAAGCGCUUCCAGAAUGAUAUGACCAUAAAUAAUGCUUCUGUGGAUGUCUUGCAAGAUCAGAAAUGGGAAAGUAUUCCCUGGAAAAAGUUGCAGGUUGGAGAUAUUGUCAGGAUUAAGCAGAACGGAUAUUUCCCUGCAGAUCUGCUUUUUCUUGCUGGUACAAACCCAGAUGGUGUCUGCUACAUUGAGACUGCAAAUUUGGAUGGGGAAACUAAUUUGAAGAUCAGAAAAGCAUUAGAAAAGACUUGGGAUUACUCGACUCCUGAGAAAGCAUCUGAAUUCAAAGGAGAAGUGCAGUGUGAACAACCUAACAAUUCAUUGUACACCUACACUGGAAAUCUCAUUAUUGACAAGCAGACAUUACCUCUAUCUCCAAACCAAAUUCUGCUACGAGGUUGCAGUCUCAGGAAUACUGAGUACAUUUUUGCGACUGUUAUAUUUACAGGUCAUGAAACCAAGGUUAUGAUGAAUGCCAUGAAUGUUCCUUCGAAAAGAAGUACACUGGAGAGGAAACUUGACAAACUUAUACUCGCGCUUUUUGCUUUUCUCUUUACAUUGUGUUUGAUUGGAGCUAUCGGCAGUGGUGUAUUCAUCAACCACAAGUACUACUACUUAGGUCUCUGGGGAAAAAAGAGCGGCGACUCGGCAAUGGCAUACAGCUCGUUUGACCCUAAUAACCGUUUUCUGGUUAUCAUUCUGACGAUGUUUACCCUCAUUACUCUGUACUCAACAAUAAUCCCUAUUUCUCUUUAUGUUUCCAUCGAGAUGAUCAAAUUUAUCCAGUCUACCCAAUAUAUCAAUAAUGACUUGCGUAUGUACCAUUUUGAAAGCAAUACCCCUGCCUUGGCUAGGACGUCAAAUUUGAAUGAAGAACUUGGACAGGUGGAAUACAUCUUUUCUGAUAAAACUGGAACUCUAACAAGAAACUUGAUGGAGUUCUUUAAGUGUUCAAUUGGAGGGGAGGUCUAUGGAACUGGUAUCACUGAAAUUGAAAGGGGAAUAGCAGAGCGGAAUGGUAUAAAACUUGUUGAGGGUUACAAUUCAGGCAAUGCAGCCCAUGAGAAGGGAUUCAACUUUGAUGAUCCUAAGCUUAUGCGAGGAGGUUGGAGGAAUGAGCCUAAUCCUGAUCUUUGUAAGGAAUUCUUCAGAUGCCUUGCUAUAUGUCACACAGUGCUUCCUGAGGGUGAAGAGUCCCCAGAAAAAAUCACAUAUCAAGCUGCAUCCCCUGAUGAGUCUGCUUUGGUAAUUGCUGCAAAGAACUUCGGCUUCUUCUUUCACAGACGUACACCAACGAUGAUAUAUGUUCGUGAAUCUCACACUGAGAAAAUUGGUACAGUUCAAGGUGUGUCUUACGAGAUUCUCAAUGUGCUUGAAUUUAAUAGUACAAGGAAGCGUCAGUCUGUUGUAUGCCGUUACACAGAUGGCAGGCUUGUUUUGUACUGCAAGGGUGCUGAUAAUGUAAUCUACGAGAGAUUGGCUGAUGGACAAGAUGAUUUGAAAAAAGUAUCUAGGGAACACUUGGAAUUAUUUGGAUCUGCUGGAUUACGUACUCUUUGCUUGGCCUAUAGAGAUUUAAGUCCUGAUACAUAUGAAAGCUGGAAUGAGAAGUUUAUUCAGGCUAAAUCCUCACUACGGGACCGUGAAAAGAAGUUGGAUGAGGUGGCAGAAAUCAUAGAGAAGGAUCUCAUUUUGAUUGGAUGCACUGCCAUCGAAGAUAAGCUUCAAGAAGGAGUCCCAAAUUGCAUAGAGACUCUAUCAAGAGCUGGUAUUAAGAUUUGGGUGCUAACAGGGGACAAGAUGGAAACUGCAAUAAAUAUAGCUUAUGCAUGCAAUUUGAUCAACAAUGAAAUGAAACAGUUUAUUAUCAGUUCAGAAACUGAUGUGAUUAGAGAAGUUGAGGACAGGGGAGACCAAGUGGAAAUUGCACGUGUCAUUAAAGAACAAGUCAAAAAAGACCUAAAGAGGUGCCUCGAGGAAGCGCAAAACUAUCUUCACAGUGUGUCUGCACCAAAACUAGCACUUGUAAUAGAUGGGAAGUGCUUGAUGUAUGCCUUAGACCCCAGUCUACGAGUGACGCUACUCAACUUGAGCUUGAAUUGUAACUCAGUUGUUUGCUGUCGAGUUUCUCCUUUGCAGAAAGCACAGGUGACAAGUAUGGUAAAAAAGGGUGCAAAGAAGAUAACACUGAGCAUUGGUGAUGGUGCCAAUGAUGUGAGCAUGAUCCAAGCUGCUCAUGUUGGCGUUGGAAUAAGUGGGCAAGAGGGAAUGCAAGCAGUGAUGGCUAGUGAUUUUGCUAUUGCCCAGUUCCGCUUUCUUACUGAUUUACUGCUUGUGCAUGGACGGUGGUCAUAUAUUAGAUUAUGCAAGGUUGUUACAUACUUCUUUUACAAGAAUCUUACAUUCACGUUAACUCAAUUUUGGUUCACCUUUCAAACUGGAUUUUCUGGUCAAAGAUUCUACGAUGAUUGGUUUCAGUCAUUGUAUAAUGUCAUAUUCACAGCCUUGCCUGUAAUCAUCGUUGGGCUUUUUGACAAGGAUGUGAGUGCAGCCCUCUCCAAGAAGUACCCUGAACUAUACAGGGAGGGAAUAAGAAAUGCCUUUUUUAAAUGGAGGGUUGUGGCAGUAUGGGCUUUCUUCUCCGUUUACCAAUCUUUAAUCUUCUAUUAUUUUGUCACUUCAUCAAGUGAUCGUGGUCAAAACUCAUCCGGAAAGAUGUUUGGACUUUGGGAUGUCAGCACAAUGGCCUUUACUUGUGUUGUAGUGACAGUCAACUUUCGUUUGCUUAUGAUGUGCAAUUCAAUCACAAGGUGGCAUUAUAUUAGUGUUGGAGGAAGCCUUGCAGCGUGGUUUAUAUUCAUCUUCAUAUAUUGUAUCAUAGACCAGAAGAGAAAUCUUUAUUACGUCAUAUAUGUCCUGAUGAGUACCUUCUAUUUCUACCUGACACUUCUACUAGUCCCAGUUUUUGCACUUUUUGGCGACUUCGUUUACCAAGGGAUCCAGAGAUGGUUCUUCCCUUUUGAUUAUCAGAUAAUUCAGGAAAUUCACAGGCAUGAGCCCGAAGGUAGAAGCAGGGAUGAUUUGCUGGAAAUCGGAAACCAGCUCACCCCAGCCGAGGCAAGGAGCUUUGCCGUAGCUCAACUCCCUCGGGAGGUAUCAAAACACACAGGGUUUGCUUUUGACUCGCCUGGAUACGAAUCAUUUUUCGCUUCCCAGCUGGGAGUCCAUGCCCCUCAAAAAGCAUGGGAUGUCGCUCGGAGAGCCAGCAUGAAAAGAACAGCGAAAAAGAAAUAAACUGGAUUAAGAAGAUUCUUGUAUAAAUUAUCAUUUGGACGUCGAGGCGUAGGAAAAUUUGUAAUUAGCCCUGUGCCAUAUCACCCGUAGUUGUAGCUCUUUUGAUAUAUCCAGUAUCUGUUUUACGCCUUCAGAAACUGUAGUGGUAUAUCCAGGUUGUACAUUUACAUGAUUUAAAUCAACUUAGAGAAGAGCAUUCUCUUCCAGUGUAAGAGAAACUACAUUUCGACCAUUUUUCGCUGUUGAUGACGAACUGUUUUCUCGCUCGAGGUCGAGGUUGUAUAUUCGUCCCACAUUUUUGUAAUGUGAGCUGUAAGAAGCCCUAACUUAUAACUUCUGUCAAUUGAUUGCGAUAAUGUUCAAGGUUUUUGCCUCA